CUUAAAAGAACUCCUCGGAUCCUCCGAUUCUAGUCUCCACAGAUUCUGACGGCUUUGCUUUUUCUUUUAUAAACAAAGCCGUACAAGUUUUGUAUGAUGGAUGAAUCAAAUGAGAUAAUCUUGCAGAAGUCAAAGAGGUUGACAUCUGUUGUCUGGAAUUACUUUGAGAGAGUGAGAAAGGCUGAUGUGUGCUAUGCUGUUUGCAUUCAGUGUAAUAAGAAACUCAGUGGUUCGAGCAACAGUGGAACAACUCAUCUUCGGAACCAUCUUAUGCGGUGUCUCAAAAGAACUAAUCACGACAUGUCUCAGCUGCUGACACCUAAAAGAAGGAAAAAAGAGAAUCCAGUUACUGUUGCUACUAUCAAUUUUGAUGAGGGUCAAGCGAAAGAAGAGUAUCUUAGACCUAAGUUUGAUCAGGACCAACGUAGGGACGAGGUGGUUCUUAGCCGAGGAAGUGGAGGAAGGUUUAGUCAAGAAAGGAGUCAGGUUGAUCUUGCACGUAUGAUUAUUUUGCACGGUUAUCCGUUAGCCAUGGUUGAUCAUGUUGGGUUCAAAGUGUUUGCUAGGAAUCUUCAGCCGUUGUUUGAAGCUGUGCCAAAUAGCACAAUUGAGGAUUCAUGUAUGGAGAUUUACAUUAGGGAGAAGCAGAGAGUGCAGCACACUUUGAAUCAUUUAUACGGUAAGAUCAAUCUUUCGGUGGAGAUGUGGUCUUCCCGGGAUAAUGCUAACUAUGUGUGUUUGGCCUCUCAUUAUAUCGAUGAGGAGUGGAGGCUACAUAGGAAUGUUCUGAACUUUAUCACAUUGGAUCCUUCUCAUACUGAAGAUAUGCUCUCGGAAGUAAUCAUCAGAUGUUUGAUUGAAUGGAGUCUUGAGAGCAAGCUUUUCGCUGUUACGUUUGACAGUUUUUCUGUUAACGAAGAGAUUGUCCUGCGAAUUAAAGAUCACAUGUCUCAGAGCAGCCAGAUCUUAAUCAACGGGCAGUUAUUUGAGUUGAAAUCUGCCGCUCAUCUUCUGAAUUCUCUUGUCGAAGAUUGCUUGGAGGCUAUGAGAGAUGUGAUCCAAAAGAUUCGAGGAAGUGUGAGAUAUGUCAAGAGCUCACAAUCAACACAAGUAAGGUUCAACGAAAUCGCUCAACUCGCCGGUAUCAACUCCCAAAAGAUCUUGGUUCUUGAUUCUCUUGUUAACUCAAACUCUACGUUCGUGAUGCUUGAAACCGUACUGGAGUACAAGGGUGCGUUUUGCCAUCUGCGUGAUCACGAUCACAGAUUUGAUUCAUCUCUAACCGACGAGGAGUGGGAAUGGACAAGAUACGUUACCGGUUACCUUAAACUUGUAUUCGAUAUUGCCUCUGACUUUUCAGGAAACAAAUGUCCAACAGCAAAUGUAUACUUUGCUGAGAUGUGUGAUAUCCACAUCCAGUUGAUCGAGUGGUGCAAGAACCAGGACAAUUUCUUGAGUUCUCUCGCAGCAAAUAUGAAGGCUAAAUUCGAUGAGUAUUGGAACAAAUGCAGCCUUGUUUUAGCAAUCGCUGCGAUAUUGGAUCCGCGAUUCAAGAUGAAGUUGGUAGAGUAUUACUACUCUAAGAUCUAUGGCAGUACCGCUCUGGAUCGUAUCAAGGAAGUGUCGAAUGGUGUCAAGGAGCUUCUUGAUGCAUAUUCGAUGUGCUCAGCUAUUGUCGGUGAAGACUCUUCCUUCUCUGGCUCUGGCUUAGGUAGAGCUAUGGACACUAGAGACAGAUUGAAAGGAUUCGACAAGUUUCUCCACGAGACUUCUCAGAACCUAAACACAACAUCGGAUUUGGACAAGUACUUGUCUGAACCGAUCUUUCCCCGUAGUGGCGAGUUCAACAUUCUGAAUUACUGGAAGGUCCAUACACCCAGAUACCCUAUCCUCUCUUUGCUGGCCCGUGACAUUUUGGGGACGCCGAUGUCAAUCUGUGCGCCUAAUUCAACAUUUAACUCUGGGACACCGUUGAUCGCUGAUAGCCAGAGUUCCUUGAACCCUGAUAUCAGACAGGCUUUGUUCUGUGCACAUGACUGGUUGUCUACAGAAACAGAAGAAUCUUUACCAUUGUCUAGACAAUACACUCAAACUCUGUGAAGAGAAGAACAAAGUUCAAGGAUGAACAGAUGAUGGAAUGUCACUCGUAGUUCUCUAAGGUGGUGAAGACUGAAGAGAAAGCCAAAUGCUUUUAGAUGGUCGUGUUGCAAAAGAUGGAACAGAAAGUACAGAGGUUUAAUUUAUUUCGCAUUUUGAGUUUGCAAUUUCUAUUUAUGCAUUAGGAAGAUCAACAUAUGAGAGAUAUUGUUCUUGUAACAAAUAUAAUCCUUAAGUUUUA